UUAACAUGAGAAGCACCAUUUUUGUUUCCCUGCUUUGCAUCGGGGGGCUGUAUUUCGGGGGCUCUUUUGGAUGCAUCAUGGUUAACCCCUGCCAAUGCCAGAUGACGGACGGUUCGGGGAUCAUUGACUUAGCGGCUCUUGGGGAUUCCGAAGGAUUCUUAAUAAGGGACAGAAAGAUCCAACGUGCGUUUGGGGACAGGUGGUUGGAGGAAUCUAUCACAUUAAGCUCCUGUAACUCCUUCAGCAAGCCCGAGGCUGCGUUAAACUGCUCACACGUGCUGCUCUGUGUGAAAACCAGGUAAUGCACAACAAACACUCAAUGAUAAAAAUGGCGACUAUAUGGCAUUAACUGCAAUUUAUGUGUAUCACACACUCUAACACCAACACAUACACAACAUGUACAUACCACGACGUCACAUACUUCGUUACACAAUGAUGCAUACACUGCUUUAAUAUGCAAACACGUAAUGAGGAAUAUUUGUUAAAAAACAAACUGUAUUGAAUUGUAAACAGAAAUGUAAAAUUUAGACGAACAUAGCAGAUUUGGCAAAAUUAUCCAACUCAACUAUAGUCUCAGCUCGGGUUUUGGAAAAAGUUUUGAGGUUUAAAUUUUGGUUUACUGCAGGCGUUUGAACAGAGCACACACUCACCUAUAAUAAGGACAUGUGAAUGUAGGCUUUAAAGGGACACUAUAGUCAGCAUAAUUCUGGUGAGUACAGUCAGUCCCUGCAGGCUCUUUAAUAUCAGCACUGCUUUUUCAGAAUAAAAUGUGACAGUCACUCACACGGCCACUAGAGGUGCUUCCUAAACCACAGUCAAUAACAAUUGUAGGGACAUUAAGCAGAGUGUAGUAGACAGACAGCUGUGGAAAAGGGACCAAUAAGGAAUGAACAAUGAAAUUAUCCUAAUUACUUUUGUCUCAGAUUGGAUAUGUUUGUAGCUUAAAAUUAAGGUGAAGCAUGCAGCCUCCAUUUGGCCCAAGUGAACUCUCUAAGUAAACCCAUAUCCUUUUAUAUAUUGAUCAUCCUACCUUCCGACAAAUUACGUAUAAGGUUUUCACAUUGCUGAACACCGCACUCGACUUGAGCAAAAAUGCGUAUCAGCUGGUUUUAACUAAUCAAAUUCAUUUUUGCACUAAUGAAUCAAUACUGUGGGAUUUGUUCCAAUAAACUCUCACUGAGACCAUUAAAAAUAUUAACCCUUUAGCAUUAUUGUAAAAUUGAUUGUAGUGACCGAAUUUACUAAAGCCGGGACGGAGCCUGACCCUGGAGCAGACCAGGUGUGGCACACAAGCUACUGCUUCUUUGGCCGAUUAAGGGGUGCAAAUCCCAGCCAAAGUCAUAAUCCGACUGCUGAAAGAGUGCCACCUAGGUCAGGGAUUCCCAGAGGAUCAAACUGAAACUUUACUCACAUCUAACCUCCACCGGGAACCCAAGAAAACCUGUUGCGGCCUGGUCUGGAUGGAGUAGGGAAGAAGCGGCCGAUCUUCACUCUCUAAGUUACCCGACGUUGUAACGCUAUGCUUCUACCUUCUUCCCCCCCUGGAUUGGAGGGGAAUAUCCCGGUCCCCACUGGAUAGCUGUCUCUAGCGGUUCCUUGUGUUCUCGACCCACACUUUGCUCACCCUGGCCAUUCAACAUGGUGGCUGCCAUUCCCUACGACACGCGGGACCUGGAUUCACCUCAGCUACUAUACUGUAGCUCUACUGCUCAUAUCCUGCUGCGCCUGGAGGAGAUUUUCCAGACCUUCUGGAUGAAACUUGAGGAACGCGGAAGAUCAUCUCUGACUAGACCGAACACAGCGGAAUGGAGGGGCAAGGUGCCGAAACGGCAGGAACCCCAGUGGGGCAAACCUAUUAUGCACAAGCUGACACCUGCUACUACCAGCCACUGUGGGCGGACAGCCUAUCGGAGGGUUGCCUCCAAGCAUCGACCACAUGGUCCAGAGAUCAUACACCGACAGUGGCUCCCACCAACCAGAUCUUCUGACCAUCCACACAGGUGGUGAGGCUUGGUACCUAUGAAUUCCCAGGUCUGUGGAAUGCGGAUGCCGGCCCUCACUCAGGCCCGGAGCUGGAGAGGGGUCUCGCCUCGGCACGGCACUGCAAUCCUACAUGUGGACUUUCCAGAUUCCAUGCCACACCAGACCCUAAAGAGGAUCGGUUAACGCAAACAAUGGUUCCAGAAGAUGUAAUGUGCUCCAAAGUGCUAUCUUUUAUGCAGGGAUUCAUGUCUCUCUUCUCUCUCUUGACUCUAUAAGCAGUGAAAUGUUAAGCCUGUCUAUAGUGGUUUAAACACCUACUUAAUCACCCUACAUGAUAUUUGAUAAUAGCUAUGGUUAUGUUAUAUGUAACGCACCUGUACCAUGCUUUCUACUCACUACUAUCACGAUCUGCAUGUUAUAUCAUAUACAGUGUGUAGGACUUAUAUCUCCCGUUCACACUCUUACACACCACAAACCACGAAGGGCAUAGGUUGAGCCUGGGGAUAACGCUAUGCAGCUUAAUGUGGGCAGGGAUGCAGACUAUCUGUUUUGUUCCUCGUUUGAAUUCAUGUCCAGUGGAAUUUUUACAAAAGCUAGAUUAAGUGGCUCAUUUGCUCAGCAUUUGUACUUUUGUUUACCUCUAGUUUAAAUCACAAGUCUGUUGGCAAUUUGCAUGAGCCUAGUGCUUCAAUACUCAUAUAUUGACUUACUGUGAAUAAGCAUGUUAUCUUUGCAAAAAAAAAGUGCAGCACAUCUUGACUUUAUCUGUUUCAAUGUUUCAAUAUUGUCAUUAUACCUCUUGUCAUAAGUCAUUACAAAAGCUUGUACUUAACACUGCACUGCAAUUUCAAAAAAAUAUAUUUACUAAAGCCAAACCUUGUGAAAUGGACACUACAGUCACCAAAACAACUUUGGCUGUUCAUGACACCGUUUUAGUGUGCGUAGAAGUUUCACUGCUCGAUGGUCUGCCAUUUAGGAGUUAGAUCACUUUUGUUUCUGUUUAUGCAGCCUUUGUUACACCUCCCCUGGCUGUGACGGACACAGCCUGCAUGAAAAAAAUGGCUUAAUUUUCGAUCAGAUGUUAACUUGCUUUAUAUGUUUUAGCUUCUGCUCUGUAAAUUUCACUUCACACACAGGAGGCUCCUGUGGGAUCUAUAAGGCUAUUAACGGAGCACAUCUGGUAGCAGGCACAUUCAAUAAAUAUAUUAAACUGCUUUUUGGUUCCACCAAUGAUUCAUUUCAGUAUUUGGUUGCAUUUCUAUAAUUCAGUUCUGGAUUUUGGAUGAGACACUGGACACUUUAACAGUUUGCAAGGAAGGCACACAUUAUGGUAAUUGGUAAAUAAUGAAGGGACUGAUCACAAUUAGUGAGGGAAGCAGACAUAAUAGCUCAUUAUAGAAAAAGAAAAUGAUUGGAUAUGUUAUACCAUAAGGUUAUCUUGGGUCAGGUAUAAUCUUAAAUACAUCACUGCUACAGUCAUUAAACAUUAUGAUCAGUUUUACAUUAGAUACAUUAAAUAAACCUACUGAUUACAGCGCUAAAGAAUGCAUUAAAAAAAAUUAUGUUAACCCUAGCUACUAUUAAAGGUGACCUGCACAGCCUACCUACACACUUGCUAUACAGAGGUAUAAUGUUUAAACUUCCUUUAUUGCAUAGAUAAGAAAGUCUAAAGUAAACACACUGUGCUGUAAGAGCUGAUUGGAAAUGAAACCAUUCUUUCAUGAUGACUGUUUGAGUCACAUUUGGGGAAGGUGUGGCUAGUGCUGCAUAAACAGAAACCAAAGUUGUUUUACUGUUUCGAUUAUCUCUUUAAAUUAAAUAAAAACAUUCAUAAAAAGGUCUUUCUUUAAGUGACCAAUCUUGCACAGGGGACAGAAGUCUUCUUCUCUACCAAUUCUGCCUAUACAUGGGGCUGGUUUUGUUUACCCUGUCAAAAAGAAGAAGAAACUAGGGCUAGGGUCUCAUGUGGUUGUUGAGUAAUAUUCUCCAUUUUUUUUAAUCAAUCCAUUUGCAUGGGUAAAUGUUGUCUCCCUCUUCUGCACCGUACAAGAGCCUAAAACAUUCACAAGAGCCUAAAACAUUCACUAUUAAAGUGCAGUGUACAGAUGCUAUGAAAUGGAAAUUGGUAUGGGCCUUUAUAUUGUAUUCUACCCUAGUAACACUGGUUACAAAAGAUGCUAUUAGCACAUUUCAGAUGUAUAUGGAGAUCACUGUCAUGGAUUUGAGGAAUUUGAACUCCCAAAAACAGGUGCCUGUUUCUUACAAGCUAUGAGCCGGUAUUUCAACAUAGUUACACAGGGUAAUUCACUAAAGGUGUGAUCUGUCAGGAAUUUAAGACAAUUGAAAUGAAUAGCUGAAUUAAAAAUGUUUUAUGUCUGGUUAUAUUGGCCUAAAUUUUGAAAGGGUAAGAGCUGCCGGGAGAACAUGUGGACAAACGGGUAAUGGGGGCACGGGGAGCAGGGAGACCAGCGUUAUGGACACCAGGGAAGCCAGUGAGCCAGUAAAGUGUAUGAAGUCCAAGAGACAGAGUUAGAGAAGCAUGGCCGGACACGCUGUCAAUACAGUUAUGCAAUCACUUGCCUCUGUGGCUUUCCUAUGUAAGAAAGCUAAAAAAAAAAAAAAUCAUGUCCUAUAUGGAACUUAUUUCAAUAUCUCUCAACUUUGUGUCUAUUUGCAGAGAUCUCAUGGUCCCGGGUAGUGUGCCAUAUUAUUUGGGGUAUGGACUGUACAACAAUAAUGAAUAUUCUUACAACAAUGAGAGCAAAACCCUGUCUCUCACCUACCAAGGUAAGACACUGACUGUGGAUGGUCUGUUGAGGGAUAGUUUAACAGAGGAACAGGCGUUUGUUCUCUAAAAGUGUGAAGCUCUACAGAACUGACAAAGGGAGCUGUAAAUUUUAUGCCAAAGUAGCCUAAAAAGAAGAGAUGAGUUGGAAAAUGUUUGAAUAUUCGUGUGUAUUCCCUGUUCAGAGAAUCAGCCAUACAGCAAGACUUGUCUAAUAUCUAUACAAUGCAUGGGAGACAGCAUCAAUUGUAUUUUAUUUUAAUGUAACGCAGAAUGACAAAACAUAAUUUAUCGACAGACAGAAAGAUGUCGUCUUGGGGGAAAAGCUGUAUUUAUGGAGAAAAUUGUAACUGCAGUUCUACAUUUUGCCACAGGAGGGAGCAAACCAUUUCAAAGUUACUCUUGGGCACUGCAGGAAAAUGGACUUAAAGGGACUCUCCAGUGCCAGGAAAACAUAUGAGUAGUACACCUCUCCUUCCCACCUCCCAUCCCAAGUUGCUGAAGGGGUUAAAACCCCUUCAGUGACUUACCGGAGUCCAGCGCCAAUGUCCCUCCGCCUACUCUCCUCUCCCGCCGUCAGCUAGCGGAGGAGACCUAAGGCGCAAUGGCCGCGCUCGCGCAUUAGACCUCCCCAUAGGAAAUAAUUAUUCAAUGCUUACCUAUGGGGAUUUCGGCAACGCUGGAGGUCCUCACAUAACGUGAGGAUGUCCAGCGUUGCUUAAAACACUUUUCGUGUUCUAAAAACACGGAAGUCCCUCUAGUGGCUGUCUAAUAGACUUAACCCUGCAAGGUAAUUACUGCAGUUUAUAAAAAACUGCAAUAAUUACACUUGCAGGGUUAAGAGUAGUGGGAGUUGGCACCCAGACCACUCCAAUGGGCACAAGUGGUCUGGGUGCCUUGAGUGUCCCUUUAAAAUACAUUAAAAGGACACUAUUGGCACCAAAACAACUUUAGCUUAAUUUAGUUUAUAGAUUAUCCCCUAUGGGCUCACUGCUCAAUUCUCUGUUUUGGUGCUUAAAGAGAUUCUUGUUUGGCAACUGUUGCAAACUUCACUGUGGUUGCCAAAAAUGUGUGUCUGAGUUCUCAGGUGGGUAAGCCCUGUAGUCAGAUACAUGCAUAGACAUGCGCAGCACCUUUAAUAUGGGUCUGCACCUGUGCAAUAAUAUUUAAUAAAAGGAAAAUAAAAGGAAUAUUGAAAUCUCAUUCAUCAUAUGGACAUUUCUUUUUAUUAUGCUUGCUAAAAUUACAUUUUUAGUUCUUGGUUUUUUUUUAAAUUACCCACUGAACACUUUUAAUACAAACAUCAAAAAAUAAAGAAAACACAUUUUGAUCUAAUGAUAAUCAUCGUUUGCAAAUAAAAAUGCUAAUGUUCAACCAGACAAUGUGCUGUAUCACACUAGCACUAAUACUGAUCAGCCACAUUAAAACCACCUGCCAAAAUUGUGUAGGUCCUCCUUAUAGAAACAUAGAAUGUGACGGCAAAUAAGAACCAUUUGGCCCAUCUAUUCUGCCCAAUUUUCUAAAUACUUUCAUUAGUCCCUAGUCUUAUCUUAUAGUUGGAUAGCCUUAUGCCUAUCCCACGCAUGCUUAAACUCCUUUACUGUGUUAACCUCUACCACUUCAGCUUGAAGGCUAUUCCAUGCAUCCACUACCCUCUCAGUAAAGUAAUACUUCCUGACAUUAUUUUUAAACCUUUGUCCCUCUAAUUUAAGACUAUGUCCUCUUGUUGUGGUAGUUUUUCUUGUUUUAAAAUCUCCUCUCUGACCAUUUUUCUAGUUUACCUAAAUCAUUUGCAUUUGGCUUAUCCCUCCUGGAACAUCAACCCUGUUACAUAUCUUAGUAUCAUCAGCAAAAAGACAUAACUUACCAUCAAGACCUUCUGCAAUAUCACUAAUAAAAAUAUUAAAGAGAAUGGGUCCAAGUACAGAUCCCUGAGGUACCCCACUGGUGACAAGUCCAAGCUUCGAAUAUACUCCAUUGACUACAACCCUCUGUUGCCUGUCACUCAGCCACUGCCUUACCCAUUCAACAAUAUUGGAAUCCAAACUUAAAGAUUGCAGUUUAUUGAUAAGCCUUCUAUGUGCAACAGUGUCAAAAGCCUUACUGAAAUCUAGGUAAGCAAUGUCUACUGCACCACCCUGAUCUAUAAUUUUAGUUACCCAAUCAAAAAAAUCAAUAAGAUUAGUUUGGCAUGAUCUCUCUGAAGUAAACCCAUGUUGUCUCUGAUCUUGAAAUCCAUGUGUUUUUAGAUGUUCAACUAUCCUAUCCUUUAACAUGGUUUCCAUCACUUUCCCCACAACUGAAGUAAGGCUUACUGGCCUAUAGUUGCCCGACUCCUCCCUAUUACCUUUCUUGUGAAUGGGCACAACAUUCGCUAACUUCCAAUCUUCUGGGACUACUUCUGUUAACAAUGAUUGGUUAAAUAAAUCUGUUAAUGGUUUUGCUAGUACACCACUAAGCUCUUUUAAUAGCUUUGGGUGUAUUCCAUUAGGUCCCAUUGACUUAUUUGUCUUUACUUUUGACAGUUGAAAUAGAACCUCUUCCUCUGUAAACUCACAUGUAAUAAAUGACUCAUCCUUUUUCUUAACUGAGGUCCCUUUCCUUAAUUUUCAUCUGUAAAUACUGAACAAAAAUAUUAAUUGAGGCAGUCAGCUAGAACUUUAUCCUCUUCUACAUACCUUCCUUCUUUUGUUUUUAAUCUAACUAAUCCUUGUUUUACUUUUCUUUUCUCAUUUAUGUAUCUAAAAACUGUUUUGUCCCCCUUUUUUACUGACUGUGCUAUUUCCUCUUCUGUGUGUGAUUUGGAAGUUCCUAUAACUUGCUUAGCCUCUUUCUGCCUAAUCUUAUAGAUCAUUUUGUCUUCCACACUCUGUUUUUUGUUUUUUUUAAAUAAUUACUAAAUGCUAACUUUUUGUUUUUAACUAUUUUGGCCACAUCUGCAGAGUACCACAAUGGUUUUUUUGAAUUUUUGCUUUUACUGACAAGCCUAAUGUUGCCUUCAAUAGUGCAAAUUUUAAAUAAUCCCAUUUCUCUUGGACUCCAUUUAAAUUGCUCCAGUCUGAUAAUGACUCCUCUACACAUAUUCUAAUUUUAGAAAAGUCUGUUUUUCUAAAGUCUAAAACUUUUGUUUUUGUGUGGUGUGACUCAGUCACUGUUCUUAUAUUAAACCACAAUGACUGAUGAUCACUGGAUCCUAAACUUUCACCUACUGUAAUAUCUGAUACCAAAUCUCCAUUUGUUAACACUAAAUCUAGUAUGGCCUCUUAAUGAGUUGGCUUCUCAACGACUUGUUUUAGAGACAAUCCCAGUAGGGAGUUUAGAAUAUGUGUGCUCCUGGCACAAGCAGCUAUUUUUGUUUUCCAAUUCACAUCAGGAAGAUUAAAGUCACCCAUGAUGAUAACUUCCCCCUUCAUUGUCAUUUUAGCAAUUUCUUCAACUAGUAGAUUAUCUAACUCUUCCAUUUGUCCUGGGGGCCUAUAAAUCACACCUACACGAGUUGCUGUGUGAUUACCAAAUUCUAACGUAACCCAAACAGACUCUAUGUUCGCCUCACUAACUUUUAUUGGGCUAGAUUUUAUGUUAUCCUUCACAUACAGGCCACCCCACCCCUUUCUUGCCUUCCCUGUCUUUUGUAUAUAAAGAGUACCCUGGUAUUGCUAUGUCCCAGUCAUUUUUCUCAUUAUACCAUGUCUCAGUAACAGCGACUAAAUCUAUACUAUCAUUUGCCAUUAUUGCCACAAGUUCAUGGAUCUUAUUCCCUAAACUGUGAGCAUUUGUAGACAUGACUCUAAGCUUAUCAUUUUUUAACGCACUUGCUACAGGCACCUUCUGUCCUUGUUUUGGGGGACAAUUGGAUUGAUGUUUUAUCACCCUUUUGCCCCCCCACCCUCCUAGUUUAAAUGCAUCCUAGCAAAACCUCUGAACUGCUCACUGAGAACAUUUGUUCCCUUUUGAGAAAGAUGCAAACCAUCUUUUUUGUACAGGUUAUUUCCAAAUCCUUGCUCCCGACACCAUUCACCAAGCCACAAAUUAAAGUCCCUAAUACGCAUCCGCCUGUCGUUCUGAGUGUUAUGCACAGGCAGAACUUCAGAGAAUGACAGUGUGGAAGCAACCUGCCGUAUAUCAUUGGCAAAAACACUUCCUUAACCUCUGAAACCUUAUUGCAAGCCAAGUCAUUUGUCCCUAGAUGGACAAGUACAUCCAAUUCCCCUUCCUGCUUUGCUCGCUUAACAAUAUUACAGAUACGUCUCCUGUCUCUGUGAGCAGUAGCUCCGGGAAGACACCUCACAAGACCACCAUUGUCCAUCUCCACACCUCUUAUGAUGGAAUCCCCCAACAACAACUGCUUUCUAUUAGGCCUCACCAUAGUCUCCAAGCCUGUCUCCACAACACCACUAGCCUCAGUGCCUGAGCCUGUCUCCACAACACCACUAGCCUCAGUGCCUCUCUCCACAACACCACUAGCCUCAGUGCCUCUCUCCACAACACCAUUACACUCUAAAAGUGCAGAAAAUGAAUUAUGUAGAGCAACAGACUGUGCAAUAUGCCUUUUAUCCACAAGUCUAAGUCUAUCAGAUCCUACAGUAAUCCAUCUGCCAUUCCUAGUAGGUCUCUGCAGCAGUGGCUUUGCAGCAGUUCCAGCCUGAGUUUGUUUACCAGAUAAUUUACAAAUCUCAGACUUCAAAAAUACAAUCUCCUGCCGCAAGAUAGAGAACUGUCUACAUAUUAGACAACAACCAAACCUCCAAAAAGUGGAACGUGAAACAAAGGCAUAGCAACUAUUACACUGAACUAAGUCUGCCAUUCCAAUGAGGUGAAUAAUUUAAAUCAAACGAAUCUUAACUUUUUAUGUAUCCUCCUGAAUACCUCAGAUUACCUCCAGUUUAUCUCCAGAAUAUCUCCAACUACACACUUAGAAGCAACACUUAGAUGAAGCAACCAAGCUAAUGAGAACAACCCUUAUAUGACUCCUAAAAUCACCACCUACUAGGAAUGUUUAAUACCUGGGUAGGCCUCUACUAAUUUAUGCUGCCAAGACAGCUCUGAUGCAUCGAGGAAUGGACUGCACAAGACCUCUGAAUGUGUCCUGUGUUAUCUGACAUUAGCAGCAGAUCCUUUACGUCCUACAAGUUGUGAGGUGGGGUCUCCAUGGAUCAGAUUUGGUGUUUCAGCACAUCCCACAGUUGUUCAAUUAGAUUGAGAUCUGGGGAAUUUGGAGGCCAAAGCAGCUAUUUGUCAUGUUUCUCAAAACAUUCAUGAACAAUUUCAGAUUGGCAGGUGGCACUAUCUUCAUGAAAGAAGCCACUGCCAGCAUGGAACACCAUAGCCAUGAAGGGGUGUACAAGGUCUGCAAGAAUCUCUAAGUAGAUGGUAUGUGUCAAAGCAGGCCCGGACUGACCAUCGGGUAUAAAAGGUCGAGGCCGGCUGGGGAGAUCACCGGCCCACAGGCAUAGACAUGCGGCUGCCAGCUGGGGAGGGAGAGAGAGGAAGACCCAGGGGAACUUACCUGCAGCUCCGCCAGGUUCUUUCCGUGAGGUCGGAGCAUUGCCACAGUUACCACGGCAACUCUAAGAUCUUGCAAAAUUGAACUCUAGCCCACAGGCUAGCGUUCACUCACCACUAGGACCACCAGGGACUGCAGCAGCACAGCCCCCUCCCAGGCAAAAGAUAAGAAAGGAGGGGGGAUAUAGUUCCUACAAACAUAUUCACACACACCCACAGCACACUCACACUAACAGCACCCUCACACACAGCACACUCUCUCUCACACACACACACACACACAGCACCCUCACACACACACACACACAGCACUCCUCACACACACAUGCUGCAACCUUAAUACAUACACACAGCAACCCAACACACUGUGCCCCUCACACAUACAAUACUUCCAAACAUAUAUAUAUAUAUAUAUAUAUAUAUACACACUACAGCACCCCUCACACUGCACCACUACACACAUUAUGCUCCAGAUACACACUAGAUCCCUUAACCAACUCUGGAUCAUCUAAUCUACUGUCAGGUAUACUCUAUCAUUCAUGCUGCCGCCGGAACCCACUUCCGGGUUCACGGCGCUUAGCCCCGCCCCUUUCUCUGACGCGGUCCUUCCACAAUACUUAGGAAGACCGCGCCAGAUUCAAAGGGCUGGAUUAUUCACUCAGGUGCUGCAUUGAGAUCAGCUGCUCUACUUGAUGCUACCGGCUCCACUCCUCUCCGAACCUCGGCUUGUAAACAGAUUUCUACCUUCUCCACUUCUCGACCUCGGCUUGUAAAACGGACUUCUACCUUCUCCACUCCCAGACCUCGGCUAGUAAAAACGGACUUCCUUACUCUCCACUCCUAACGCUCAGCUUAUUAAUAGAGACUCCUAAUUUCUCCUCCAUUGGGUGAAUUAACCCUUCCAUUGCCAGAACUGCCUCUAAGUUAAGUAAACCUUUUUGCCAAGGAAACCAAUUCAUAUUAAUUAAUUUAUACAGUAUUUAAAUUUCACUAAAAUUCUCUCUUGUCAAUAAGGGAUUGCUACUAAGUCUAAUUCUUCCUGCAAAUAUCAAUUUAUUCUAAUUGCAAGCCUGUCCAGCUUCAUUAACAUAAUUUUCAUAAAUCAUUCCAUCUUAAUUAAGUUGGAACUAGCAUUGCAUUUCUUCCCUGCAUGUGUAUUUAAAGAUACAGUCAACCUUGUUCACUUCAAUAUAAAAGGAGGUGAAACGUAUUGUUUCUGCAGUUGAGUUCCAAUUAAAGAAGUAUUACAAAUAAGUAUCACAUCUACAAAUACACACACUAGAUUCCUAUAUACACUUUGAAUCCUCUACACACACACACACACAUGAUCUCCUAUACACACUCUGGGUCAUUUACACACUAGAUCCCCUACACACACACAUUGCACCACCUACACACACUACAUUCCUUGUAAGCAAACACAUACUACAUUCUCUAAACACACACUCUCGACAACCCCUACACACACUACGUCACCUUUAUACACACACACUCUACAGCCCGUAUGCACACACUUGCUACAUCCCCUAUAACACUAUGCCCCCCUAUACACACACUCUCUACAGCCCCUAGCCACACAGAUUUCACCACAAACAUAAAUGAAAUUGACCUAUUUACACAAUACCACACCACAAUCAGCUCACUCUACACACAGGCAAUCCCACAAGCAGGCUCCAAACACAUGCACCAUAAGCUUUCCUGGCCUUUUUGCCCUCUGGUAUCCCACUUAUGGAGACACCAGAGACAAGUUUAAAGCAAACACAGCACAAGCAUGUUAUUAAAUUUGUUUGCGCUGCGCAGAACAAAUACAGGACCUUUUUCUCAUGCUAAAGCUCUUCAGCGGGGCUCUGCGCAUUGAACCAACUUGCUUACUUUGAGAGGGGUCGUGCUUGUCAUUCGUGAUGACAAAACACACCCUCUCUGGCCCCACCCCUUCUCAGGGGGCCAAAUUUUUUUCCCAGUCCAGCCCUGUGUCAAAAUAACAUCCACAUAAAUGCCAGGACCCAAGAUUUACCAGCAGAAUAUUGCCCAGAGCAUAAUACUGCAGCUGCCAGCAUGCUUUCUCCUCAUGGUGCCUCCUGCUGCCAUCUUUUCCCCAGAUAAAUAACGCACACCCAUCUGUCAAUCCACCGAUUUUGGCGGCGGACAGAGGUCAUCAUGGUCACUUUGACUAGUCUGCUGCUACACAGUCACAUACGCAGCAAUCUGUGAUGCACUGUGUGUUCUGACAACUUGUUAUCAUGGCCACCAUUCCGUUUUUCAACAAAUUGAGCUACAGUAGAUCUUGGGUGUGAUCUGACCAGGUGGGCUAUCCUUUGCUCUCCACAUGCAUCAAUGAGCCUUGGGUGUCAUGUACCUAAAGCCGAUUCAUUGGUUGUCCUUUACUUGCACCACUUUUGGUAGGUACUGACCACUGCAUUCCGGGAACACCCUACAAGACUAGCUGUUUUGGAGAUGUCGUCUAGCCUUCACUAUUUGGCCUUUGUCAAAGUCACUCAGAUGUUUUUUGGUUGACCAUUUGUCCUGCUUAUAACACAUGAAGUGCAAGAACUGGCUGUUCUCUUGUUAUCUAAUAUAUCCCACCCCAUGGCUAAGUGCCAUUGUAACAAUAUAAUCAAUAUUAUGCACUUCACCUGUCAGUGGUUUUGAUGUUGUAGAUGGUCAGUGUAAGUGCAGGUAUGAACCUCAGUGUGGGACAGUGUGGAUAAGUAAGUCCUGUAUUAGGGUGUGCCUGCGUACAGCAUUUGUGCAUGUCUAUAGCUACAUACAUAGCUCAUCAAAAUGUAUUUCUGAUCAAGUUUGAAGAGGAGUACAUUGUGCUCUAAUUUCAUCAUACCUACUUAGCGAAGAGGAGACAUCAUCACACAUUCUGUGGCCAGAGUCUCUUCAUCGGUCUGCCUUUGGCUCCUGUACACAUUGACAAAAGGGUUUCGACUCUGAAAUGUUUAUGAUAAGACCUGCUCUUCAAUAAACAGUCAUAGUGACUCUAAAUCACCAUGGAUUAAUCUGAAAACAUUUUGGGGAAGAUUUAUUAGGCAAAACAGAUGCUAUAUUGGGUGAAAAUAAAUACGGAUAGACAUUCUAUUUGUUCCCAUGGUUAUUGCUCAUUAUUUAGGUCUUCGACACAGAAUUUGCUGUGAUAUAUCUCUGCUAUGGUCUUUUUUAGUGCCAUAGCAGUUAGGUUAUAUGCUGGCCUAAAAUAUAUCUCAUCCUGUCGAUUUCUUCUCUCACAGCUUUAUCCGAUACCUCUUUAAGAGCUAUUGUUCACUUUAACUGUAGCCCAUCAAGCUCAAUCACCUUUCCCUCGGAUUCCCAGAACUGGGAUAACAUGGAAAUCUUCGUGGAAAGCCCGUGUGCUUGUCCCAGUCACUGCCAGAUGGGGAACGUUGGACCAGGCACCAUCAUGCUUAUCAUUUUUGCUCUGUCAACAACAGUCUAUUUCUUGUUUGGUGAGUAGGGAAGUACGACCAAACUCGAGCCACACAGAAUGUUUCAGUGUACUGUGCAGAGUAUAUUAGUAGUUCUGCAAAUUACAAUAAUUAUUAUUAUUAUGGAAUUCUAGGCCCAUCAAAUUGAUGGUAAAAUACCUGGAGCCUGGUUAUCCAUAAGAGUGGCUGAUUAGGACCUGAAGCUCCGGUUCUGAGGAGACCCUCCUUGAGCCGGCAGGGAAAUCAACAGAUGUCCAUGCUCAGCACUGUGCCCCGCCACCUACAUCACUUUAAGAGGUGCUUGUGGUCCUUGUGUAAGCACUGAAACUGUAAUGGGAGCUAUGAAAGUAAUGUACACCUGAUAUCAGUGCAGAUCACAAUACUCCCCCUCUGGACCACCAGGGAAAGAUAAGCAGGAGGGGACAAAACACACAUAUUCAGCCACCACACACAAUACUCAACUAGCUUACAAAGACACACGUAGCCUCCACCAAAUACAGCUACAUAACACCCAGCCACCCAGGGCCGGCCUUAGGCAAUUAGGCGCCCUGUGCAAAAAGUCUUCACGGCGCCCCCCCCCACCUCCCACCAAGUUGCCUGAAUACAGUAACACACACAGGCACCGGGGACGUGUGUAUCACGAGGCAAACAAGGCAUCUGCCUUGGGCGCCACUUUGCAGGGGGCGGCAAAAAAAAGCAUCCCUCCAAACCCCCAGGCAGAUCCCUUGCUUGCCUCGCAUCCUGGGGGGCUCAAGAGCUGACCGGCUGGCCACUUUUGAGCCCCCCCAAGGCUGGCAGCGGGCAGCGAAGGAGCAUACUCACCUGAGCUCUUCCUGCUCAGCUUCCUCUGCGCCGCUUAAUGAAGCCGGGAGCCAGAAUAUGACGUCAGUCCGGCUCCCGGCAUCACUAAGCGCUGCUUACUCAGCCUGUGCGCCCCCUGCCUGCCUGCCCAGCAGCCACACUGGACUGCUGGUAAGAAAUCCACUCCAGCUUUCCCAGGGAGGCUGGGUGGAUUUAAAAUAAAUGUAAAAAAUAUUAGUUUGUGAGUGUUAGUGGAAAUGUCUGUGUGUGUGUCUGUGAGUGUUUAUUUUGAAGUGAAUGUGUGUGUGUGUGUGUGUCUGUAAGUGUGUGUGUGUGUGUGUCUGUAAGUGUGUAAUUGUGUGUGUCUGUAAGUGAAUGUGUGUGUGUCUGUGAGUGAAUGUGUGUGUUGGUCAGUGAGUGUAUAUGUGUCAGUCAGUGAGUGUGUAUGUGUCAGUCAGUGAGUGUGUAUGUGUCGUCAGUGAGUGUGUGUCGGUCAGUGAGUGUGUAAGUCAGUGAGUGUGUAUGUGUCGGUCAGUGAGUGUGUGUCGGUCAGUGAGUGUGUGUCAGUCAGUGUGUAUGUGUCGGUCAGUGGAGUCGUGCAUCUUUCAGUGAGUGCUUGCGUCUGUCAGUGAGAGUGUGCAUCUGUCAGUGUGUGUCCAAGUAAUAGUGUAUGUGUGUAUGUCAUUGUUUGUCAGUGUAUAUGAGAGUGUGUGUCUGUCAGUGAGUGUGCGUCUGUCAGUGAGUGAGCGUCUGUCAGUCAAAGUGCGGCCUUGACAGGAAGGGGUGGGGGAAAUUUAAACUCGGUUACAGGCAUGUACACACACACUCAGUUAAAGGCAGUCACACAUACAGGCACAGGCACAAACAAUGGCACAGCUACAGCGACACACACAGACAGACAGUCACAUAGGCAGUCACACACACAGACAGACACACAGUAACACACACAUAGACAGUUAUACACACACAGGCAGGCAGUCACACAGAUAGAAAGUCACACACACAGGCAGGCAGUCACACACAGACAGAUAGUUACAGACAGACACACACAGGCAGGCAGUCACAUACAGGCAGUCACACACACAGGCAGUCACACACAGACAGACAGUCACACACACAGACAGUCACACACAGGCAGGCAGUCACACACAGAGACAGUCACACACAGAGACAGUCACACACACAGAGACAGACAGUCACACACACACACAAGGACAGGCAGUCACACAGACAGUCACACGCACACAGGCAGGCAGUCACACAGACAGACAGUCACACACACACACAGACAGACAGUCACACAAACAGGCAAACAGUCACACACACACACUUACCUCUUUCCAGUGGAUGCAGUUGGCUGAUGGGGAAGCAUCUUUCCCUCUUCCUGUACAGCAGGGGCUUCGGGAGGUAUUAGCCCCGUCUCCGCCUCUCGAUAAGCCCCGCCUCCGCCGCUCGGUAAACCCCGCCCCCUCUGCCGCGAUUUUUUUUUUUUUUUUUUUAAAUAGACCCGGGUGGAGAAUAAUUAAUCCUCCAGCCAGGUACCUCUUUUAGCUCCCCUGCACUCCGGCCAUGAGUGAGCUGUGUCGGCCACAGGGCGCCCCCUGUUCCAUGGCGCCCUGUGCGGUCGCACAGCUCGCACACCCCUAAGGCCGGCCCUGCAGCCACCACACACAACACUUAUAGAAAAAGAGCUAUUGGAGGGGCGGCCAUUUAGGCAUCCUGUCUAUGGUUCUGUAAACAUAAGUUUCUUUGAAACUGUGGGUUAAUCCACCUCUAGUGGCUGUCUCAUUGACAGCCGCUAGAGGCGCUUCCGUGCUUCUCACUGUGAUUUUCACAGUGAGAAGACGCCAGCGUCCAUAGGAAAACACUGAGAAUGACGUCAGAAGAGGUGACGUCAGAAGAGGGAGGAGAGUCCCCAGCACUGAGCGAGCCCGGCGCUGGAGAAAGGUGAGUGUUUAACCCCCUUCAGCCCGGCUAGAGUGGGACCCAGAGGGUGGGGGCACCCUCAGGGCACUAUAGUGGUCCUUUAAGUUUUUAUUUCCAGUUCAUAUAUUUCUGCCUACAGAUAGUGGCUCUCCAGUCAAUUUCUUUGAAUUCCCAGUUUAGAGAAUUCUCUAUCUCUAGAAAUAUCUGAUUCCCUCUGUCACCAGUGAGAUCACAUGAAUUAUUCCAAGUACAAGGAAGACUCCACAGGUAAAUCCUGGACAGAUCAAAUCGCUCAGGUGUGGAUUAGAAAAAUAAAUCUUGAGAAUUCCUUGCUGAGUUAGUAGCCCUGCUAGUAUUCUUCCUGGUGUAUUUCAGUCCGACAUUUCUUAACUGGAAACAUAGUUGAAACAUUGUUUUCCAAUUUUCCCAGUUCUAACAAGUCCUAAAAUUUCGCUUUACAGUCAAUUCAAACUUUGAUGAAUAGUCCUGAAUUUCUAUAGCAUUUAGUGUGGCAUUUCUUCUAAGGACCGCUAUAGUGCCAGGAAAACAAACCCGUUUUCCUGACACUAUAUAAUCCUUAGGGUCCCCCACCCUCAGGGCCCCCCUCCAGCUGGGCUGAAGGGGUUAAAACCCCUUCAGGCACUUACCUUUAUCCAGCGCCGGGCUCUCUCGGCGCUGGUGACCUCUCCUCCCACUCCGACGUCAGCUCCCGAGUGGAGCCGAAUGCGCAUGCGCGGCCAGAGCCAUGCAAGCAUUAAAAACGCCCAUAGGCAAGCAUUUCUCAAUGCUUUCCUAUGGACGUUCUGCACGCUAAAUGCGAUUUUUGAACAUCAGGAAAGAGCCUCUAGCAGCUGUCAGGAGGACAGCCACUAGAGGCUGGAUUAACCCUGCAAUGUAAACAUAGCAGUUUCUCUGAAACUGCUAUGUUUACAUCUGAAGGGUUAAAACCUGGGGGACCUGGCACUCAGACCACUUCAUUGGGUGACUAUACUGGUCCUUCAAGGUAUAGUAGAUACAUGGUGAAUUAAGUAUUAUAACUUGGCAUGGGCUGUUGAUUCUGUAGAGUAUAUUGAUAUUAGUAUAUUUACUGUGUGGGAAGGUAAAUCAACGAAUGCAUGAACUGAUGUGUGGCAAUCGACGUACACUAACAUGCUCUAUUUCUUUAGGAAGUUGUGGUCUUCGUUCCAUUCGAACAUCUGAAGGUGACCAGAUCGCUCCUGUACCUCAUUUCUGGUGCUGGAUGUGCACCAUGUUCUCGAAAGAGAAAGACAUUUGGAAGGGCAUGGGAGAAAGCGGCUCCAGAGAAGCCACGAUGGCGUAGGAAAUUAACAAAUUUGACAUGGAGGACAUGCUGCAUUUUGAUAUCCUAACAUUGAAAACAUCACAAACAAAAAACAGCGCCAACCAUUUUAAAACAGAAACGUGCACUUUAUAAUGAGCCUAGAUUAUUUAAUGUGUCAGAGUGUAAAAAAGGCUGCUUUGUUUUACAUCCCCUUUGCAUUUCUUUUGUUUGUUAUGUGAACAAAUUGGGAUAAAAUUCCAAACUACACUUUAAGCACAUUAACUCACAUCCAAUAAAGGUGUGCUGUGCAAAUCUACCCUACAAGUCUUGGGAGUUCAUAAUCGAUAAACCAAC